AUGGGAAGUCUCAGCGAAUCUGAGUCUUCUGUGAAGAUAGAUAGUAUUCCCUUAGCUACUCUUAUUGCCGAUAUAAGUUUGUUACAUGGAUCGGAGGCCAAAUCUAUCUCUUACCAAAAAGUUAAUUGGCAGACUGGAAACCCUAACUCAAGCUGUGUUGACUCCAUCGAUUCCGUUAACUUUGUUUCAACGCCCUCUUUGUUCAACGAACAACUAGCUAUAAUUCCAUCCGAAACUAGCACUAUGAUCGUCUUUCUUUUACUUCCUCCCACAAAUAGCCCUCUUACACGGAGUUGCUCUGAUGAGGAACCAACUCUCUUCUCAGCUUGUAGCACAACAUACGAAAUUCUAGAAGCUAAAUACAAUGCGAAUAUCAGGUCAGACUUGGGUUCUUGGAAGUUUGGCCCUCCGGCAUCGGGGACUUCACAGCUUGGUUUUGAUUUCGGUCGCGAUGAGGCAUUACGCCUCAGACCUCUACUACGCUGGACAAUGAAUGAUUUGGUCGUAUUUUAUCGCACAUGGAGUCGGCAGAGUGUAGAUACUGUUGUACAGUCCCUCAUCAACAAUUGGGACAAUUUUACGGACGCAGACAUUGGAUUCAUCAACUCAAGUCCAAUCGAGUGUUUCCUUCCCCUAAUCAGUGACCUGGAAGCGUAUUUUCUCGCUCGACUUGGAAAAUUGAAAUUCAAACUUCAAUGCUGGAUUGGUUCAGAACUUGAGGAUCCUCGAUCUUUAGAGAAUGAAAGCCGAAGUUUCACGCUUUCAUAUCUUACUAAAGCAUGGAUAAAGUCUCGCGCCGUGAUUGAAAGUUUUGAACUGAUCACCCAGAAACUUGAAGACUAUCAAGAAGGCACUGUAGGCAUUCGUGAAAAUAACAAAAUACAAGAUGUGAUUAAUUGUCAUCGCAAAAAGCUACAAAGAGCUCGCGAACUUGAGCAAUAUGUUCGAGACACACUUCAGUGGAAUGUUGGAAGACUUUCGCUAAUUGAAUCGAGAAAAUCGAUCCAGCAAUCCAAUACUUUGGGAAAAUUGUCCGUCCUAGCGUUCAUCUUUCUCCCCAUCUCUCUGGUAACUUCGUUUUUCGGUAUGAAUAUCAACGAAUUGACCGGGAGUGGCGCAUCAUGGAAAGCGUUCUUCAUAGCUGCGGCAGUACUUUGUGGCUUAGGGAUUCUUACAUUCGCAUGGAUUAUGGGAAACUCGUUUGCGAUAGCCUGGGACGACUGCUGGACCAGUCGAUAG